AUGGGAAGGGUAAGGCUGAGCAUGAAGCGAUUGGAGAGCGGUAGUAACCGUCAGGUCACUUACUGCAAACGAAGGACUUAUAUUCUAGGGGGUAAGGUCUGCGUACACUCUACCCUCUCCAGACCCCACGUUGUGGGAUUAACUGGGUAUGUUGUUGUUGUUGUUGUUGUUGUCUUCAGCAAUUUUGAUGAAAUAAUUGCAAAAUUUGCUCGAUUGACUCCUCAAGCAAGGGCAAAAAGGAAGUUGGAGAGCCUUGAAGUAAGUCUGAGAUUCAUCAUCAAUCUGUUUUUUCCUCUUUCUAUGGUUUGUUUUUAUUUCUUAAUCCAGUUGAAAGUAAUAACAAUGCUAAUGGUUACACUACAGACAUUGAGGAAGACUUUUAAGAAGCUUGACCAUGAUAUAGGUGUGCAAGAUUUUCUCGAUGCUAGUGCUCCAUCAGUUGAGGAAUUGCAGAACCAAGUGAAAGUCUUGCAAUCUCGGUUUACUAAUAUAGAAAGUAGACUGAGCUGGUGGAGUAAUCCUGAUAAGAUAAAUAAGGUAGAAGAUCUCGAGCUCAUGGAGUCUGCACUAAGGGAGUCACUUAAUGCAGUUCAUGUUCAGAAGCUCCAGAACACGAUGCAUUUGCCUCUUCCUAUGAGCAAUGAACAAGAUGGGCAAACCUCUCAGUGGCAUCCAGCAAAUAAAAUCCAGCACAUGCCAUUCCCUGAGGCACCAAACAUUCUACCCAAGGAAAAUAUAGGGUACUCUGGAGAUACAUCCGUUGAAGAAUCUUCUCAUGUUAUGGACCCUGGAGAAGAACUACAGCUUGAUCAAGCAAGACAGGCCACAACUGCAAUCCUAGAUGACAGUGUGUUGGAUGAUCUAAAUAGUAUAGCAUGCUUGAGGCAUCAACUAAGUGAGCAAUAUUCAUGCAAUCCCUAUGAUAAUCUUAAUCUGCUGGGAAGUAAACUAUGGGAUCCGAGUGAGGUCAAUUUCAAAGGAUAUUUGGUGGAUUAUGAGAUUCAAAGAAAUUUUGACCUGCCUAGGUCUGUGGAUUCAGUCAAUAAUAGUGCAGCUGAUACCGUUGCUGUUCGGGGCUUUGAUGAAAAAUCAUAUGCACAGGUAUUUUUACCUCUUUCCAUUAGCAGUUAAUUUCUCAACUAUGUGACAGUUAAUUAUUGGAGAAACGAAUAAAUGGUCCAUCUUACAAAUGGACUUGAUCUGCUCCAUGCAUGUUUCCUUGUUCUCUUUGAUAGUUGAACAUGCUGAAUGCAAGUCUUAUAUUAGUCCAUUAAACAAACCACCAUCUCCAAGUAUACUGUCAUGUAAAUGAUCCUGUCUGGUCCAACAUUUCUUACUCGGUCUUUUUUUUUUUUGUGUGUGUGUGAUUUAUUUCCUGCAGCAAGGAAACUGUUCGCAUUGAUUGACAGUCGAGAUAAGUCGCCCUACUUGUGUAGAAUAAUCUAUAAUAGGUGCAAAGGUUGUUGAUAGGUAAUUAUAUUC